AUGAGUGAUGGUGAUCCCACUUCCUUUGGAUUGAAUAUUUCGAACUCUUCGUGGUGUUCAGCCUCCCCAGCACAGACAUCAUCAUCAUCAAAACGAAGAAUUUGCCCAUCAUCAUUGACGAUACCACAGUCGGGAAGGAAUGGGCUAUACACUGCAUCAUCGGCGUUAGGAAAACGAAAUAUUGACCAACAUCAACAAGAUCAGAUGAUAUAUCAUCAUCAACACAUUACACAUACACCACAAAGUUUUAAUUUUUCAUCAAACAUGUCGGAAAAAGAAAAUGACAUGCUCUUGAUGGAAUACAAUAAUGUGAGCAGUGAUGAUGAAGAACGUGAUGAUUCUUCGGAUGAGUCAAUAGAAUUAUUUGAAACUAGAUCUAGCAAAAAGAUCAAACAAGUACAUACUGUUAGCAUCAAAAUUGAAACAUCUUCAUCCUCCUCUAAUUCCAUAACAUGUUCUUUUCCCUUUUAUUCCGUUUCCUCUUCCUCCUGUCACAACAGCAUUUGCAAGAGUUUUAUUUCCAACUCUCCCAUCUCUUCCCAAUCCAUCAUUACCUCCCCUAUGAAUGUUUUGAAUCAAUACUCAAAUAAUUGUAACAGUACAUUGUCUUUUAUUAAUAUUAGGACGUUAACUGGACAAACAAUGCGUGUAUAUAAUUUUCAUAAUUUAACUUUGCAUGAUUUGAAGACAGCCAUAGCUGAAAUGUUUCAAAUUCCUUACGAAAAACAACGAAUAGUACACAAAGGCAAAAUACUUGGGGAUGAGAAUUCAUUUAUGAUUCCACUUGUUCAAUUAGGUCUUUCCUCAUCCGAUUCUUUGUAUGUUGUCCUCGACUUUUUUAACAACCGAAAAGUCAUGGACUCGGUCCCUCGGCAUGAUGAUAGGUUCACGUUGCCUGACUCUUACUUUUACUCAUUUUCUACCGAUGAGAAUCGUGUUGGUGACACACAACCAUCGUUCUCGAAUCAUCGCGAUGACAACGUUAUGGAUCAAUCAUUGGACGAAUCCUGUGAUGAUUAA